AAAGAAAACAAUCAAGGCAAAGGAAUGAGUAAAAAUCAGAAAGAAGUGAAAAAAAUCCAGACAGUUUAUCUGCAGAACUUGGAAAAACUAAACCAGGGGAUAAAGCCAGACAAGAAAAGUUGGAAACCAAAGGAAGAAGACUUUGCUGCAGCGAUGGAAAAGCUGCGACAGCCUCCCAUAGCUGGAAAAGUAACCAAAAGCUCAGCACACAGAAUCAGCAGAGAUCUUACCUGCUCCAUCUGCUUGGAUCUUUUUAAGCAGCCAGUGUCCUUGCCCUGUGAUCACACCUUUUGCCAGGGGUGCAUCGAGGGCUACUGGACCGGCCCCCGGGGGCCCAUUCAGGGAGGCACAGGCUCCUGCCCUCAGUGCAGGAAGGUGUACCCCGGGCAAAGCUACAGGCCCAACCGCAUCGUUGCCAACAUAGUAGAGAGCUACUGUCAGGGUCUGGAGGAGAGCGGGACUGGACCUCGCCUGACAGAUGUUGGCGUGACAGAGAGGGUUCCUGCUCCGGUCCCACGCUGCAGCAGACACAGAGAGGAGCUGAAGCUUUACUGUGAGGAGGACCAGGAGCUGGUGUGUCUGGUGUGUGGCCUCUCCCAGGAGCACAGGAAUCAUACCAUGGUGUGUGUACAGGAGGCUGAACAGAAGUACAGGGCGUCUCUGAACAGCUCCAUGGAUUCCCUUAAAGUUGAGCUCAACACGGCGCUGCAGUGCGACAGAGAAGCUGAGGAUGAGGUUAAAAAGCUCAAGGAGCACACCGCUGACCUGAAGCAACGCAUUGAAGCCCAGUUCAGCGACCUGCACCAGUUCCUGUACCAGGAGGAGAAGCUGCUGCAGGUGAAGCUGAAGACGGAGGAGCGCAGAGAGCUGAUCCGACUGGACGAGCACAAGGCCCUGCUGUGUGUGGAGAUCUCUCGUCUGCAGAGAGCCGUCCACGAAAUAGAGGACAAACUGAAAGAGCAGGAUGCCUUCACUCUGCUCCGGAGCAUCAAAGUCCUGCUCCAGAGGCCUUCACUGAAGUUUGAGAAACCCACUUUUACACCGCCCAGUCUGUGCGAGGGUCGGUUUGCGGGGCCCCUGCAGUACAGAGUGUGGAAAUCGAUGAAAGGAAGCAUUUAUCCAGUUCCAGCAGCCAUCACAUUUAACUCCAGCACGGCCAACCCUUGGCUCAGCCUGACCUCCUCCCUCACCUGUGUUCGCUACCAGACCUUUAACCACACCGUGCAGGACAACCCCUCCAGGUUCAACGCUGCCCUGUCACUGCUCGGAAGCCAGGGCUUCACCCAUGGGCGCCACUACUGGGAGAUUGAAGUCUACAGCAGCACAGUCUGGACUGUGGGGGUGGCCCGAGAGUCAGUGCCUAGAAAGGGAGUCAUCAAAGCCCUCCCAGCCAACGGCUUCUGGACUCUGUCCCUUUCUUAUGGGAUACAGUACAUGGCUGGCACUUCACCCCCAACAGUCCUGUCCCUGGAGGAGCCACUGGCCAGGAUCGGAGUGUACCUGGAUUACAAGAGGGGCCUGGUGUCCUUUUACAACGCAGAGUGCAUGAUACACCUCUACACCUUCAGGGAGACUUUCACUGAGACGCUGUACCCUUACUUCAACUUGGGCUUUCUGGAUAAAGUGCAUGAAAAUGAGCCUCUCAAAGUUUUCUUACCAAAGAUUUAGAAACCUAUGACAAAAAUACAACUGAAAGGGGAACACAAGGGUAAAACGUUACCAAACAAACAUGUAAAAAUGUAUAAAUGUGAUGAAUUAGAGUGGCAGAUUUCUAAUUUUCCUAUGUACAUUAGAUAUUAGAAUUAUCUGUCCAAUAGUAACCGAUGUAUCUUAAAGGGGCCCUGUGGAGUUGUCAAACAAACACAAGUAAACAUUCAGCAGUGCUCACCAAAACGCAUUGUGUGUAUCCUUGAGGUCUAACAAACCAACAAGUGCAUUUCCUUCCUCAUAAAAAAACUGCAAAUUCCAGCAUUGUUCACAUCCAUGCUUGCUAGCUUGCAGUCUUCUUAUGUUAUUUGCUGGCAUAUUGCAGCAUAUCUUGGUGUGUUACCGCCACCUGUUGAUCAGUGGAACAGUGUGCCACCAUUGGUAGGAUUGUGUGCAUCCCAAAACAGGUACACACUCAUUGAAAAACAGCUCCAUAGUGCUACUAGAGGACUAAACCUCCACAGGGAACCUUUAAAUAACACUUUUGUAACACAUUGUUCAGUUUGUUUGUUGACUGGAUCUACUGCCACGCAUUUCAUUUCAGAGAAGCUGUGCUUCAGUGACGAAUGUGAAACUGUCUAUUUACCUGACCGUUGUGGUGCCCUAAUAUUUUAAUGAUUCAAUAAUUUUUUUUGUGCAUGAUAAACUAAUACAUUCAAUAAAAUAUACUAUAACUCUAUACUGUGGGAUUAUUGACAUGUUGACAAAAACUGACAUCAUGUUUUAGUUGAUUAUGUGGUGUCACGCUAAUGAUGUAUUUGGUGCACACAGGGAGCCUGGAAGAUGAUUAGAACGGGUAGCAGAACGAUAAUAAGACAUGUAAAAGCAACAAAUUGUAAAAGUGUCUUUUUCAUGUGAACAAAUUGUUGGGCUUGGUGUCUUCACUGUACCAACUGUUUACCCUGGCUGACCCAAGAGCUGAUGUAUAUAAGGGGCACCCAAUAUCACACCAAAAUUAUAUGGGUAACAAUUUAAUAAAAAGCAUUUCUUGAAA